AUGUCCGCCACACAACCUCUCCCUGUUUUAAUAAUCGGAGCUGGCCCUUCUGGCCUUGUCUUAGCUCUAUCUCUAGUCCAGCAUGGCAUCCAGGUUCGCAUAAUCGACAGGGAUCAACAAUUCCACAUUGGACAACGCGGCGCUGGUAUACAGCCCAGGACUUUGGAGGCGUACAAUCUCUUGGGCGUCUUGCCUGAUAUCGUCUCCAGAGGUAUGGACCUACUUCCGCUGCGGUUCUACAAACUUCCUGGAGGUGUUGAACCGUCCAAAACGUUCAACUUGUUCCCCCUGGAGGAACCCACGUCAAGCACUCCAUAUAUUAACACACGAGUGCUUGGGCAAGCAAAGGCGGAGAAAGUAUUGCGUGAACAUUUGGCUACGUAUGGAUGUCAUGUUGAGCGUGGCACAGAGCUGUCCAGCUUCGAACAGGAUGUCGACCAUGUGGUGUCCCAUCUCGUCAAGCGCGAUGGUGAUGAAGAAGUCGCUGAGACCGUAAUCUGCCGCUGGCUUGUCGGGACCGAUGGGGCGAAAGGCAUCGUACGGAAGCACCUCGGUCUCACAUUUCUCGGGGAAGCGCUUGCGGGGCAGAUUGUCUUUGGCGAGAUCGUCGUCAAGAACUUGACCCGUGACUACUGGCAUUGUUGGGGCGAAUUCGGCUCUAAGACGGCCAUAUUGCGCCCCACGGAAGAUGAUGAGAUCUACAACUUCAUCGUUUCGGGAAACAUCGACUUACAGAAGAUCUACGAGGAUUACGACACCCUGGUUCAGACAUUGAAGGAAAUAUCGGACAGGCAGGAUCUUAUCUUCGGCGAGAUCAAGUUCAAAUCCAAUUACAGUCCAAAUGUUCGCAUGGUGCAUAAAUUCUCAGAAGGCCGAGUCUUUGUUGCAGGAGAUGCUGCACACGUGCACAGCCCCACCGGUGGCCAGGGUAUGAACUCCAGUGUGCAGGAUGCCCUCAACCUUGGUUGGAAGCUCGCCCUUGUCGAGCUGGGCUUUGCUUCCGAGUCCAUCCUUUCUACGUAUACAGAGGAACGCCUCCCCGUCAUCUCACACAUGCUUAAAGAAACGACGACGUUACUUCACGCUACGAUAAAUGAAAAGGCGGAUGGCGGCGAUAUAUCUCAAGGAUGGGCGCGGCCUCGUGAUUUGAAGAUGCUCGGUGUCAACUACCGCUGGAGCUCUAUCGUGCUCGAUGAGCGUCACCUCCAACAGACGUCCGGGAAGGAGAAGCCGCUUAUAGACGCAUAUGGAACGAAUACGAGUGAUGGGCUGCAUGCCGGCGACAGAGCCCCGGAUGCCCCAGGUCUCGCCGUAGUCGAGACGGGCAACAUCGGAUCCGAGACGACGUCGUUGUUUCGCAUUUUCAGCUCCACACGCCACACUGUCCUCGUUCUCUCCUCAAACGGCGAUGAAAUUGCAGCCGUACUCGGAUUGGCGAAGAAACUCCCCCCUCGCUUUGUCCGCACGGUUGUCGUUCUCCCACAGGACUCAGCUCCUUUGCCAGCGGCAUCUGGUGCGGAUGUUGUCUGCAUCGACCAAGACGGGCAUGGGCAUACGGGGUACAGCGCCGGGACGGAAGGGGCGACUGUAGCUGUUGUGCGGCCAGAUGGCGUCGUUGGCGCUCUUCUCGGCGGAGCGACAGGUGUGGAAGCCUACUUUCGGAACGUGUUCUUGAAUGUGAAGGCUUGA